GAUCGGAAGUACGGAGUUCUGUUCAUUUCUUCCCGAAGGAAACCAAACGACGUCGUUGAUCCCUCUCCUGUCUCCCUUCUCUCGCUCCGUCGGUGCCCCUCUCCCCCGCCCAACGCGCUUCCCAAUCCUACCCUGUCUCCCUUCAUUGUUUCAGAUCUCUCUUUCUUCUCUUCCCUCUUUCAGAGUUCUCAGGUUUCCAUCUUUGCUGAUCGAACGCUGCAUAUAGACGCUUUCCCGUCACAUUUACAUCUGUACGCAUACCGCACAUUGGUGCUGAAGCAAUUUCUCGAUCGGUGAUCUUCUCAAAUGCGCGCUACCGGUAGCGUUUACUGAUUCGGCUCCCCGAUUCAUUCACGGCUUCGUAGGGAGGAGAUGGCGGCCGUUUCCGGACCUGUGACGCCUGGACAGGUGUCGUUUUUGUUUGGAAUUAUCCCUGUUAUCAUUGCAUGGCUAUAUGCUGAGUUGCUAGAGUAUAAGAAGUUAUCGUCACCUUCUAAAGUGCAUUCAGACUCUAUCUUGACUGAAUUAGGAAAUGAAACAGUCAGGGAAGAGGACCAAAUUGUUUUGCUUGAAGGAGGUCUGUCAAAAUCUGCAUCGUUGAAGGUGCAGAGUACAGAUGUUAAAGCAAACUUAAUUAGGUUUGUCACGAUGGAUGAGGCAUUCUUGCUUGAAAACCGGGCCACUCUGAGAGCAAUGUCCGAAUUUGGGGGCAUCCUGUUUUACUUUUACAUCUGUGACCGGACAAAUAUUAUUGGUGAUUCUACCAAGCACUAUAAUCGCGAUCUCUUCAUCUUCCUGUAUCUUCUUCUACUGAUAGUUUCAGCAAUGACGUCUCUGAAGAAACAUCAUGACAAGUCAUCUUUUUCUGGGAAGUCAAUACUCUAUCUUAAUCGCCAUCAAACCGAGGAAUGGAAAGGAUGGAUGCAGGUCCUCUUUUUAAUUUAUCACUACUUUGCAGCAGUAGAGAUAUACAAUGCAAUUCGCGUUUUUAUUGCUGCAUAUGUCUGGAUGACUGGAUUUGGGAAUUUCUCCUACUAUUACAUUAGAAAAGAUUUUAGUGUUGCUCGAUUUGCUCAGAUGAUGUGGCGCUUGAACUUUUUUGUAAUAUUUUGCUGUGUUGUUCUUAACAAUGAUUACAUGCUUUAUUAUAUUUGCCCAAUGCACACUCUUUUCACUCUGAUGGUCUAUGGGACACUUGGCAUUGCUCACAACUAUAAUGAGAUAAGAUCAGUGAUGGCUGUCAAGCUUCUUAUAUGUUUUAUAGUGGUUUUUAUGAUUUGGGAGAUUCCUGGAGUUUUUGAAAUCAUAUGGAGUCCUUUCGCUCUUAUGUUAGGUUGGUAGCUGCCGUGCUGUACUACAUUUGUUAAUAGAUGUGUGUAUAUGCU